CUUAGCAGCAGUCCACUCUUCAUCAUUAUCAUCACAAUUAAAACAUCCUUUAAUCAUCACCUUUAAAUUAUCUUAAGACAUUAUGGGAAGACAGAAGGUGAUCCUGGAAAAGAUGGCUCGGAUCUUUCAGGUUCGGAAUGUGCUGAUACGACAGGCACUGGCAGAAUGCCUGGGCACUCUUAUUCUAGUGAUGUUUGGAUGUGGUUCUGUCGCCCAGUUGAUUCUAAGCAGAGGCUCUCAUGGAAUGUUUCUGACUGUGAAUUUUGCUUUUGGGUUUGCUGCUACAUUGGGAAUCCUUGUUUGUGGGCAAGUCUCAGGAGGUCACAUAAACCCUACUGUGACCUUUGCCCUUUGUUUGUUGGGGAGAGAGCCCUGGAGGAAAUUUCCUGUGUACUUCCUGGCCCAGACUCUGGGGGCUUUUCUUGGCUCAGGAAUAAUAUUUGGAAUGUAUUUUGAUGCAAUUUGGGACUAUGGACAAGGUUCUUUAGUUGUUGUAGGGGACAAUGCAACGGCUGGAAUCUUUGCUACAUACCCUUCUAAACACCUUACUUUGCUCAAUGGCUUCUUUGAUCAGAUGAUUGGCACGGCAGCUCUCAUAGUUUGUAUCCUCGCCAUUGUCGACCCUUACAAUAACCCCAUUCCACAAGGACUGGAGGCCUUUACUGUGGGCUUUGUAGUUCUAGUGAUUGGUCAGUCCAUGGGUUUUAACUCAGGUUAUGCUGUAAACCCAGCCAGAGACUUGGGACCUCGGAUCUUCACCGCAAUUGCUGGAUGGGGAUCAGAGGUGUUCUCAGCAAACUCUUAUUGGUCCUUUGUACCCAUCUUUGCCCCAUUCAUUGGUGCCUUGCUCGGUGUGAUGGUGUAUCAGCUGAUGGUGGGAUACCAUGUGGAAGGAGAAGCAAGAGAUAAAAGGGAAACAGAGGAAAAAGAAAAGAAGGAAAGAUUCAGUCUCUCUGCUGUUUCUGAGAAGGAAACACCGUAAGUCUGGGAUCAAAUGGAGUUGUUUUUCCACUGUUCCGUUCAGCUUCUAAAAUUAAAUUUAGCUCUCAUGACAAUAUAAUAGCAAUAAGGUGUAUCUUGUACCCACAUUAAAACAAAACUUUCGACAGUUACCCUUGACAUCAUGAUUAGACUCAAACUAAUUAGUAGUAUUUUUUGUAGUGUGUGUGCAAUUAGUUGACGUCCAAACAAUUUAAUUGAUGAAUCAUAAUUUGCACAUCACUUUAAUUAUCCUGACCAGAAUCUCUGUGUUUUAUACAUAAACUUACUAGUUAUUCUUUCAAUUUAUUCCAAAAAAUGCCCAAUCAUAGCCAAAUGAAUUCAUCCAAUCUGCUAACAAAUCAGUUGUUGUCACCCGUUCAUUUAUCUCCAGUUUUUCUAUCUGCAUAAUGAAUAAUUAUGAAUAAGGUAUAUGAUUUAUGAAAACCUUCUCCUUUAUGAAUACUGCAUCAAAGUCAUAAAAGUACCUGUUCCACUCAUAUUCCAGCAUUAUUAACAUUAUUAUAGUGAAUAUUAAUAAGUGCUGUAAUUACACAGUGAGAAAUCCAGUUUUAUUUACAUUGUUGUGUCUCUUUUUGCCUUUUUGGGAACAUAUUUGUUGUUGAUGUAUAUCAUGCCUGUUUCUGUUCUGGUUUACACUAUUCAGAGUUUACACUGACUAUGCAUAUAAUAUAUUGUGUUCAUUUACACUGUGCUCUUUAAAAAAUAAACUGCAUUUUUGGUAAGGCAUUAGGAUUCUGAUGGAUCUGUAGUAUUUGUAAUAUAUGAGAAACAUCAUGCACAAAAUGUAUUUUUGAAAUGAUCUGGUCGUUUAACUGCAGGGAAUGCCUUUGAUGUCCAUUCAUGUACUUGCUCAGUAUAUAUUAGCAUCAUUCAGUCCAGUAAAACGCCAGGGUUUCCAAAGGAGAAUCAUGUUUCCUUUGAUAUUAACAUUGCAGAUUAAUGCAAAUAUGUGUAUAGAUGUAUACAAAUUAAUCUGUGCAAAGUUACAGUCACAUUUUGGAACGAAUCAAAAAGCGUCUGUCCACAAAUAGGCGUAUUCCAAACCUCUGUUCUGUUUUCUUCGGUCUGCAGUAAGAGCUGAGUGGGCAGGUUAAGUGAAUUGUCACAAACCGCAUAUUGUCAUAAACAAUAUGAGUAAAACAAAAGAGCUGUAAUUUAGUUUAAAACUGCUGACACGAUUUAUACUUGCUUGAAAUCACACUGUCAACAAACAAACUUUAUACAGACCCAGACUUACAGGCAUUACAGAGCAUAAAACUAUAAAGCCCUUUCAAAUGAAUUAAAGUCAAAUUUUACCUAUUGGGGAAAAAUGUUAAUUCUUGAGGUACAUUGAAUGAAAUAUUUUUAAGCCUGGAGAGGAGGGAUCUGCCAUUUCCCUAAACUAAAAUUAGUUUAAAACAUAAUCUAAGCAUUCAAUACGAGUUUUACAAGUGUUUUCGAUAUUAGUCAACCUCAUUGGUGUAAACUGGUGGAUGUUGCAAUAUAAUAAAAGGCCAAUACAUUCUCAGGUAUAUCACGUAAAAGAAUGCAAAUUGUAAAAUCUUAUAUGCAUUGAUCACAACUCACUCUCAUGUAAAUCUUCCAAAUGGAAAGGAAAGAUUGCAGUGCCUGUUUAGCUCAGUGAAGGGGAAAAUAGAGAAUGAAAAUAAGAGAUGUGUUUAUUGGCAUGAGAUGGAUGGAGAUAACCCAGACCAUGAAUCUUAAAUCAAUGAGCACACAUAGAGUCAGUUUGUAGGUUUGUAGAAAAUGAAUGCAGACGUUAAGAAGAAUGUUUGUGGAAUUGAGUUUGGGAAUUUGGGCAAGAUUUGAGGCAAGCUAAUCAAGGCUUUUGAAACCAUUAAACCAAUUUUCUUGUCUUUGGAUUUCUGGGUUCGGGACAGCAAUAGGUUCCAUCCACAAGUGUACAAAAUUCUUGAGGGUUUUUCAUAUGUGUCAAAGCAUGACUUAAAAUGCAUGUCAUUUUUCCACAUACCACAUAUACAUUUCACCACACGUCCUAAAUGAGGCUUUAAAAUGUCUACAGUAUAUGAGAAUUUAAUA